CCGGCGGUGCAGAGCUGACGCGGUCGGGGGGCGGGUUUCCCGUUCAUUAGCUCCUUCCCCGCUUAGCGUAGCGUCUCGCUGUGCAGAGCGUGGCCGCGGCGGUCCCCUCCACAUUUGCGGGCUGCCGAGAAGAUGGCGGCGACGGUGUCCGAGUGAGGAUGGAACUACCUGUCAGCGCCUCUUCGCCCUGAGGGGAGGCAGUGCCGCCCCACCGGUGGUGUGAGGGGCGGCGGGGGCGCCGCCUGGCAGCAGGAAGCUCCUGGGGUGACUCGCGCUGGGGAGCGAGGCUGGGCCUGGCGGCUCCCACUCACCUCUCUCUGUCCGCCCGCCGGAGGGGCCAGCCCCAGCCCGCUGCCCGGCCCCCGUCCCAGCCCCGGCCCGCUGCCUGGCCCCACGGCCACCGGCGCUCAGCCGCCAUGCCGUGGCCUUUCUCGGAGUCCAUCAAGAAGAGGGCCUGUAGGUACCUGCUGCAGAGGUACCUGGGCCACUUCUUGCAGGAGAAGCUCAGCCUAGAGCAGCUCAGUCUGGAUCUCUACCAGGGUACCGGCUCCUUGACGCAGGUCCCUCUGGAUAAGUGGUGUCUUAAUGAGAUCCUGGAGUCUGCAGAUGCACCUCUGGAAGUCACAGAUGGAUUUAUCCAAUCAAUUUCUUUAUCUGUUCCAUGGGGGUCAUUGCUACAGGAUAACUGUGCAUUAGAAGUAAAAGGAUUAGAGAUGGUCUUCAGGCCAAGACCAAGGCUUGCAUCCGGGUCUGAGCCUAUGUAUUGGUCAAGUUUUAUGACCAGUAGUAUGCAGCUUGCAAAAGAGUGUCUUAGCCAAAAAUUGACAGAUGAACAAGGAGAAGGGUCCCAGCCUUUUGAAGGACUUGAAAAAUUUGCAGAAACUAUUGAAACAGUUCUAAGAAGAGUGAAAGUUACCUUUUUAGAUACUGUUCUGCGAAUAGAACAUGUGCCAGAAAACUCUAAAAGUGGAGCUGCGCUUGAAAUCAGAAUUGAAAGAACUACGUACUGUGAUGAAACUGCGGAUGAGUGCUCUGGAAUUAAUGUGCAUCAGCCCACAGCUUUUGCUCAUAAGUUACUGCAGCUCUCAGGCAUCUCUUUCUUUUGGGAUGAGUUUCCUGCAUCAGCAAAGUCCUCCCCAGUGUGUUCAGCCACACAGCUGGCAAGUGAACCAAAGCUUUCACCUAGCUGGAAUCCAAAAAUCAUUUAUGAGCCACAUCCACAAUUAACAAGAAACUUGCCAGAAGUUACUCCUUCUGAUCCUGUCCAGAUCAGUAAGCUGAUUGGUAGAAUGGAGCUGAGUCUAACAUUAAAGCAAAAUGAAGUACUUCCUGGCGCUAAGUUGGAUGUGGAUGGACAGAUAGACUCUGUACAUCUGUUUCUGUCACCAAGGCAGGUACAUCUUUUGUUGGACAUGGUGGCAGCAAUUGCUGGACCAGAGAGCCUAAGCAGGAUAGAAUUAUCAAGUAAAGAUAGGAAGAACCGGCCAAUGCAACAGGAAGAUGAGUAUCGGAUUCAGAUGGAGUUGAAACGUUAUUUAAGAAAAGAGUCUUUGUCAGCAGGGGCGUCAUCUGAGCAAAGCUUCUAUGAAACAGAGAGUGCCAGAACACCUUCCAGUCGCGAAGAAGAAGUUUUCUUCUCAAUGGCUGAAAUGGACAUGUCUCACAGCCUUUCCUCCCUUCCACCUCUUGGAGACCCUCCAACUAUGGAUCUAGACCUGUCUUUAACCAGUACAUACACAACUACACCAGCAGGUUCUCCACUGAGCACUACAGUGCUUCAACCAACUUGGGGUGAUUUUCUUGAUCGUAAUAAACAAGAACUACAACCUCCAAGAGGUUCCUCACUGACAGCCAAUAUGGUUCAUCAGGCUUCCUUAAGAAGGACAUCUAUUCCAUCCAGAUCUGUUUCUGUGGAUGAAUCCAGACCUGAGCUUCUUUUUAGACUGGCAGUUGGAACUUUCUCAGUGUCUGUACUUCAUAUUGACCCUUUACCCCCACCUGAAAGUUCACUGAAUCUUAACCCAUUGACACCAAUGGCUCGGGAUUUCUUUACCCGAAUAGAAAAGAUUGAGCCAAUUAAGUUUUCAACAGAAGAUUUUCUGUCCUUCCGAGAAGUAUUUGCAGAAGCUUGUUCUCAUGAUCACCUUAGAUUUAUAGGUACUGGUAUUAAAGUGUCCCAUGAACAAAGACAAAGGACUGCCUCUCGAAGUUUUAGUACUGAUUUAUCCAUUGGGAAUAUGGAAUUCCUGGAAUGCCUUUUUUCUACUGACUCUCAUUCCAUUCAGCCUCACUAUACAGAGCUGCUGACAUUUCAUUCUGAAAAAGGAAAUAAUUCUCAUGCUAUGCCAUGCCUUCAGCUUCAUUAUAAGCAUUCAGAUAAUAGAGGACCUCAGGGUAGUCAAGGGAGACUCAGUUCUGUUCCACAGAAAGCAGAAUUACAAAUAAAGUUAAGUCCAGUGUUUUGUGAGCUGGAUAUUAGUAUUGUAGACAGAUUAAAUUCCUUGCUUCAACCACAGAAACUGACUACAGUGGAGAUGAUGGCAUCUCACAUGUAUGCUUCUUACAACAAGCAUUUAAGCCUGCAUAAAGCAUUUACUGAAGUUUUUCUGGAUGAUUCACAUACUCCUGCAAACUGUAGAGUUUCAGUUCAAGUGACUGCCCCAGCAUUAAAUCUGUCUGUUCGUUUCCCAAUACCUGACCUACGGUCAGAUCAGGAAAGAGGACCGUGGUUUAAGAAAUCACUUCAGAAGGAGAUUCUUCACCUUGAAUAUACAGAUGUGGAAUUUAAAACUGAGUUUAUAGGAGGGUCAACUCCAGAACAAGUUAAAUUAGAGCUUACCUUUAAAGAGCUGACUGGUUCAUUUGAAGAAGAUAAUGCAGAAGCACCAAUAAAAUUUUUUCAAGUGUCUGGUGGCAUAGAUGGAGAUAUAACGUCAUCAUCAGACAAUUUUGACUGGCCUCGGAUUGUAUUGAAAAUAAACCCUCUGGCUGUGCACUCUAUUCUGGAAAGGAUAGCAGCUGAGGAGGAAGAAGGUGAUAAUAACUUUCAAGAGGAAGAAGAAGGAGGGUCUCAUUCUUUGAAGGAUGUCUGUGAUAUUAGAAGACCAGAGCCUUCUCCUUUUUCUUCUCGUAGGGUCAUGUUUGAAAAUGAAGAGAUGGUGAUGCCAGGAGAUGUAGUUGAGAUGACCGAGUUUCAGGACAAAACAAUUAGCAAUUCUCAUUAUGUACUGGAACUCACGUUGCCAAACAUUCAUUUAACAUUACCAAGCAAAAGCUUUUAUGAAAAACUGUACAAUAGGAUCAGCAAUGAUUUAUUGUUGUGGGAACCCACAGCUCCAUCUCCUGUAGAAACAUUUGAAAACCUUUCUUAUGGUGUUGGACUAUCUGUGGCCAGCCAGCUCAUCAACACUUUCAGUAAAGACAGCUUUAGUCAAUUUAAAUCUGCAGUUCAUUAUGAUGAUGAGAGUGGAUCUGAGGAAGAAACACUACAAUAUUAUUCCACUGUUGACCCAAACUAUCGUUCACGGAGAAGGAAAAAGCUUGACUCUCAGAAUAAGAACUCACAAAGCUUUCUGUCUGUUCUGUUAAAUGUGACACAUGGAUUAGUAUCAAUAUUCACAGAUGUAAAGGAUGAUCGAAGUACACUGGAAGGAAAAUAUGGUGAAUUCUGGUUGGAGUUCAACAGUGGUUCACUUUUCAGUGUGACUAAAUAUGAAGGUUUUGAGGACAGACACUAUGUUUGCCUCCAUUCUAGCAGCCUCAAUUUAUAUCAUCAAGGUAUGGUAGAUGGGGUUGUCCCCUCCUCUGAAGUACGACUGCCCAGCACAAUACGUCCCCAUUGGUUAGAACCUACUAUUUGUUUUUCUGAAGAAGAUGGACUUAGUAGGACUACUUCAGAUGGUGUAGGAGUGGAAUGUCCAAGUAUGCUGACUGUUGCAGUCAAAAUACAAUCAGAUAAAAUAGAGAGCAAUACAAAGGAAUUUCUAGUUGCUGUUGGACUAAGAGGAGCUACCCUUCAGCACAGAGUACUGCCUUCAGGUUUAAGCUGGCAUGAGCAGAUUUUGUAUUUUUUGAAUAUUUCUGAUGAGCCUGUUCUAGGAUAUAAUCCUCCAGCUACAAUUACAACUUUUCAUGUACAUCUUUGGAGUUGUGCUCUUGAUUACAGGCCCUUGUUUUUGCCAGUCAGAUCUCUUCUUACUGUUGAAACUUUCAGUAUUUCCAGCAGUGUUGCAGUGGAUAAAUCCUCUUCUACUCUCAGGAUAAUUUUAGAUGAAGCUACUUUGCAUCUGUCUGACAAGUGCAACACUGUUACAGUGAACCUCCACAGAGAUUAUGUUCGUGUUAUGGAUAUGGGACUACUGGAACUAACCAUUACUGCAGUAAAAUCUGAUUCUGAUGAGGAAAGAACUAAACCACGUUUUGAGCUGCACUGUUCCAGUGAUGUAAUCCAUAUUCGUACUUGCUCCGAUUCGUGUGCUGCCCUAAUGAACCUCAUACAGUACAUUGCAAGUUAUGGUGAUUUACAUCCACCUGCUAAAACAGAGAUUAAACGAGGAGUUAGCAAGCCAAAAAUGAAGGUAGAGACCUUUAGCCAGCCAUCUUCCCAUGGACCAGGCCUUGCUGAAUCAGAGCAACAGAUUUUGCGGGAUUUGAUGAGUGAUGCAAUGGAGGAAAUUGAGACUCAACAGACUGCCUCUGCUACAAAACCAGAGUCUAAUGGUAUUUUGGAUGAAAGAUCUCAAACUCAGGAACCAUCUUGCUCAGAUCUCUUCUUGUUUCCAGAUGAAAGUGGAAAUAUCUCACAAGAGCCAAGUCCCACUUAUGAUUCAUUCACUCAUCACCUGAUAAAUGAGGCCAUAGGAGACAUUCCCGCAGAAAGUGAUGAUUUCUGCAUUCUUUUUGCACCGAAAGUUGCUGUUGCUGAGAAAGAGGAAGAGCCAGUAAUAAAAAUAUUGGUUGAUGAUGCAAUUAUCAUAAAGGAAAAUCAUUUCAGCCAACCUAUUAAAAAAACAGAUACAAGCAAAGCUCCCCUUCAUUUUCCUGUUCCUCUGGUACGCUAUGUUGUAAAGGAAAUCUCUCUUAUUUGGCAUCUCUAUGGCGGAAGGGAUUUUGGGACUGCACCACCAACAUCUCCAGCUAAAAGUUUUGUAAGUCCUCACAGUUCCCCUUCUCAUACACCAACGAGGCAUGGACGGAGCACAGCAUGUGGGGGACGAGGAAGAAACCCAGACUUCCUGAUGGAAAUACAGUUAAGCAAGGUGAAAUUCCAGCAUGAGGUGUACCCUCCAGGUGGUGUAGAAGGUGAAUCCUGUCUGUUGGAGCAGCCAGUGUCACGGCAGGUUUUUAUUGUUCAAGACCUUGAAAUCAGAGAUCGCUUAGCUACAUCACAGAUGAAUAAAUUUCUCUAUCUCUACUGCAGUAAAGAGAUGCCCAGAAAAGCACAUUCAAACAUGUUAACAGUUAAAGCAUUACAUGUCCGUCCAGAAUCUGGCAGAUCCCCGCAGGAAUGUUGUUUACGUGUUUCAUUAAUGCCACUUCGCCUCAAUAUUGACCAGGAUGCUUUGUUUUUCCUGAAGGAUUUUUUCACUAGCCUCUCUGCAGAAGUAGAACUCUUAGUUACUCCAGAUCCUGAAGUUAAAAAGUCUCCCGGUGCUGAAGUUACAUGUAGUUUGCCCAGGCAUGUCAGCAGCCUUAAGGAACCAAGUCCAGUCAUUUCUUUCUCAUCACACAAACAAGCAAAUGAAAAUGCUAGCACGGAUACUAUGGAUGUUGUUAAUGGAGAAGAUCAUUAUUUCCCACAAGAAGUGAUGUCAUACAGUGAUCAGCCGGUAUUUUUCAGAGAGUUUCGUUUUACAUCGGAAGUUCCAAUACGGCUUGAUUACCAUGGCAAACAUGUAUCAAUGGAUCAGGGGACACUAGCUGGGAUUCUUAUUGGGCUUGCUCAGUUAAACUGCUCAGAAUUAAAGCUGAAGAGACUUUGUUACAGGCAUGGUUUAUUAGGUGUGGAUAAAUUGUUCUCCUAUGCCAUCAGUGAAUGGCUUAAUGAUAUAAAGAAAAACCAGCUACCAGGAAUUUUGGGAGGAGUAGGGCCCAUGCAUUCCCUAGUGCAGUUAGUCCAAGGUCUGAAAGACUUGGUGUGGUUACCAAUAGAGCAGUACCGAAAGGAUGGCCGUAUUGUAAGAGGCUUUCAAAGAGGAGCAGCUUCUUUUGGCACUUCCACUGCAAUGGCAGCACUGGAGCUAACAAACAGAAUGGUUCAGACUAUACAGGCAGCUGCAGAAACUGCAUAUGACAUGGUAUCGCCAGGGCCUACUUUUAUUGAAGCAAAAAAGAUCAAACGAUUCCAUCCCCAUCGUUUAGCUCAUCAGCCAGUAGACCUACGAGAAGGUGUAGCCAAAGCAUAUAGUGUAGUAAAAGAGGGGAUUACAGACACAGCCCAAACCAUCUAUGAAACUGCUGCUCGUGAGCAUGAAAACAGAGGAGUAACAGGAGCAGUAGGAGGAGUCCUCCGUCAAAUUCCACCAACUGUGGUGAAACCUUUCAUUGUCGCGACAGAGGCAACUUCAAAUGUUCUAGGUGGAAUGAGAAACCAGAUCAGGCCAGAUGUGCGUCAGGAAGAGUCUCAGAAGUGGCGCCUUGGGGAGGAUUGAGAUUAUAAAUCUGGCUCAGCAGGUAGCAAAGAUGGAAAUGCAGAACACUGUUCCAUUGGCAGUAUUAGAUGGAGCCCACUUUGUUUUGUCAUGCUCAUCUCAGGAACAAAUGAGGUUUUCAACUACUGUUAGCAAAACAUCCAACCAAAAAUAUUUAUGAAGUGGAAAGCGAAUUGGUACUUGCUUAUACUGUGUGUUACCAAUACAUUUGGUAGAUAGUGCCAACAUAGUGAAGCAUGCGCUGCCAACUCAGACACAUACUUGCUCUGUUCCAUAUACCAUAUUUUUCUUGGUAGAUUUAACAUCUGAAGCAUAUUUCACCUAUGUGGUGAAACUAUGUAUACUUUAAAGAUGAUUUCAGAGCAUAGUCAAAGAACUGUCUUCAAUGCUCUUUACUGACUAAAGGAUAAAAGCUUUCAUUUUGGUCAUGAAACAUGAACCUAUGUAAUAUGGAAGCAGAUAAUAUUGUUUAGUGGUCAUAAGCAUUGCUUUUAGCGUGGCACUUACAGCAGUGUUGAUACACCUAUGAACAGGAUUUGUUCCUAAAUAUGAAAUGCCUACUUUUGUGGGUCUUUGAAGAACCUGAAUGUUGCAGAAACGUUCUGUUGUGUUGCACUUUAAAUGAUAUGGCCUGUAUAUUGUGCUUUUUUUAUAGUGUGAAUAAAAUGUAAUGUGCAUUAUCCUUUAUGUGAUUUAGAAGCUUAUAAAAAUUAUUGAAAAGAGCAUCAUAUGAUGAUGAUCCUACAGAAAAGUGUCUUAAAUUUGUUUAAACUCAUGUUAAAACACUUGUUUUCUGUUACACUAAUUACAGUGCUAAAAAUAACUAUUCUUCAGGAAAACAGCAGUUAAAUAUUAUUGUGGCCAACCAUUUUUUGUAAGAAUGAAAAAUCCUAAGUAAAGUAAAAUCAAAUUAUUUCAUAGCUAAAAUUCUACACAGACUUUAUUUUAAUAAUCUGCUUUUAAAGUUCAUAUUGUUUCAAAGUUGCUGCUCUCACAAGCUGAUUUAAAUUGUGCUUCAUGAGUUAUUUGACAAUGAGUAUUUGGGGUCAUUUAAUUUGACAAAAGACACAAACUUUUAAAAAUUGAGAUUGGUACUGACAUUAUUUACAGUUUAAUAGGUGACCAGAGUCUCCACAGAGCUUUAUUAAGCAACUUGACAUUGCGCCAUUUCUGACCAGGUAAAAGGCUCAGCACUAGCUGUACAGGAAUAAAGUUGUAAAAACUUUACCUCCAGUAAAAACUGGAGGAUAAAAAGUAAGGACUGUUCUGAAUAGACAAAUACUAAUUUUGAAUUUCAACAAGUUAACACUUUGGGUGAUUUUGUCAUAAUCCUGUGCUUGUCUUAAAUGGAGAUUCUGUAAAGAAAUGCUGUAUGGAAAAUCUCCACUGAAAGAGAUACCAGAUGAUCAGACUUCAAUUUCUAUGGGUGAUGAGGAAGUAGUUCCUUCUUUUAAUACCUGCCACUAGCAAAAAUUUUGGUGCUGGGCCUUACAGGACAAAAGGAGUCUAUGAAGGAAAAUAGUUACUGCUUGAUCAUCCUGAUAUUAUGCUAAGCUAUUCCUGAAUGUCAGAGAAUCUGACUGGAAGGUAAAUGAUUUGAAAAUGUCUCCUCUGCUGGGAAAACUUCAGUUGGCUUGAUUAUUUUUUAUAAGACAAAACUCCAGUUACAAACAAAUUCUUGCAUUGGGUGACAAGUGAUAUUAGAGCAUUUUGGGUUUUUUUGUUUGUUUGUUUUUGGUUUUGUUUUCAUUUACUGGAAUCAUCUAAGUUGUGGUACACUUUUUUGGACUUGGUAACUUAAACAACUUGUAAGCAGAAGGAGAUGCUUUUGAGAGGGCAAAUACCUGCUGAUUUAAUGGCACAAAUUAUUUUUCUGAUGUAAAAAUACUUGCUGCAGUUCAUACUUUUGUCCAGUAAUUAGAGAGCUUUGCAUUAGUGAGAGGUCACGGUAUUGAGCAUUUUGCACAGGAAUAAGUUCCAGGUUUGCAGUUUGGCACCUCCUGAAUGCUUUCACAAGAAAUGGCUGUGAGUCAAUGCAAGUAAGUAGCAGCGCAUCAUUUUCAUUUGCAAUUACUGUACUGUGUAAUUUUGGCUGGUCCAGUUUAUCUAGUUAAUUGAAGUAUACUGUAAUAGUAAAAAUCUGCAUACUUUCUUCCUUUUUUACCUUGCUGAAAAGGAGCAGUUGCAUUUCAGUGUUCAUUUCAUUUUCAGUUCUCUCAUGGUUUGGUUGUACUGCAAUGCAAUUGGAAUAUAUUUUUAUAUGAGAGCAUGCUGUCAAGGUAAAACAUUUUUAAUAAAGUGUCUCUCAUUGUCAGCAAUACAUAUUGUACAAAAUAAUUAAACUUUUCACUAUGUAAACGCUUGCAUUUACUGCUUGCACUUUAUUGAGCCUUUUCAGUGAAACUGAUUUACAUUUUUCCCAACAUUUUUACAAGCAAUUUCUUAAUUUUUUGAUGUAUAUUCUGCAUUGUUUUUGAGUUGUGACAUGACCGUGAGUGUAUGAAAUGUUUAAAAAAAAACCCCAAACCAAGCCUCCAAAACUCACCAAACUAGCCUUCACAUUUUAGGAACUUGUUUUCAAAAUGUGUCUUGUAUGGAGUGGCUUGUGUUUUAAAUUAAAGUGUAUAUAUCGUGUGAGAAGGGGUUCAUCAGAUGCUCUGCUCAAUACUGUAAAGAGUUUUCAAGCACUUAAAAAAUACCUAAAAUGAGAUUUGACUCUGACAUAUUUCCUGGAAAUUGAAGCCUAUGGAUACAUUACUGUAUUGUCUCUGGGCACAAGGACAUCUGGAAAAAUAUCGUUGUACUUGAAUUUUCCACUGAAAUCAGUUGAUAUUGAUAUUAGCAUUUUUCAUAUUUGUAGUGGGUGUAAACUGGCACAGUCUAUGUUUGUGUUCAGAUUCUCCAGUAUUGAACUGACUAACACUACUUCUACUACUACUGCUUACUCCAGUACUUUACUGAUAGACAGAACUGUUAAUCCUGGGUUUUCUUAAGUAUCCUGGCAGUUCAAAUAAUACAUUAAUGAAUGCCUUAAGGGAAGUCUCUGAAGAAAGACAGCCAUCUUUUUAAAAAAUCAGAACAGACCCUAUGCUGUAUAAGAAUCUUAGCAUUGACUGACUAACACUCAUCACAUCCAUGCACAGGCAGUUUCCAUUUUCUUUCCAGUAUCUGACAGUCCAUAAAUACUGCAGCUUUUUAGCAGUGUGAGUACCCUGGGCAUACUUGCCUAAUGAUAAGCAUUCAGUCAGUGACUGUAGAGUUCAUAUGUGGUUAAUGGAUGUGUCUGGGUUAGUAUUCUUAUUGUUGACUGUGAACAUAAAUGGCUUGCUGUCAUUGACAGUUGUUUGAGUUGCCAAGAAAAGUUUUUUAAUAAACCAAAGCAUUGUUAAAUGGUUACGAACGAGACACUUUUACUGAACGUGAUGCAUAUACCUGCAGAUGUGAUACUAAUUCUACUUUAAAUAUGAAAAUUAUGCAUUUUGUAAAUCAGUGGAAUCCAAGAAUUUGUUUAGAGUAAUUAAAUACUUCUAAAUAUUUUAAAUACCCUAAAUCUCACAGCAGUAUAAGUGUUGUCAGAAAAGGUGUGGGAAUUUAUGUCAAUUUGGUUCCCUAGUGUGGAUAUUUCUCUAAGUCUCUAGGCAUCAUGAAUUACUCUUCUGACAACUGUUUUAAGUUGCUCUAUAUGCUGAAUCCUGUUUACAAUUAAAAAAUACUACAGAUAAAGUACAUAAAUACUAAUAAUGCAUUUGUACUGGAUUUCAUAAUGGUAAGGUAUCUCGGACAGAAACACAGCAAUUUGUGUAUAGUUUGUUUAUAUUUUUUGCAUUUUUGCUUUUAUAGUAGUUUUGUGUAUUGUUUGUAUAUAGUUGGCUAGUGUAAAGAAUAUAACCUCAUAAAAUGUAAACUACUGUUGAAGGGAAUUGACUUUCAACUUGAGGUUUUUUUUGCUUAAAGUUCCUGACCCCUCAGUCUGUCUUUGAGAAUUAUUUUUGACCAUAAUAUAUAUGGCACCAAAAGUGUAUAUUUUAGCUUUUUAAGAUGCUGAAAGGCCUGAGUGCAAAUAGGUUGUCCUGUUAAAUAUGUUUAAUAAAAAAACAACAACCCAAAACACAAAUUUGUAACAA